AUGGACAAGGCCACGAGGACCGCGCGGAAGGCGGCGCUCACUAAGGCCAUUAUGGCGAAAACCAACGGCAUGCCCGCUGCAACAAUCGACCAGCUCACACUCGGCUUGCGGUCCCUUCUUGCCGCAGACUCGUCGCUCCCGGCCAGGACGACUAGCACCCUCCUGACUCCAGAUGUCAGCGCAGGCAUCGUCCAGGGAUACGCAUUCGAGCCGAGCGUCCGAGUCGUGGGCGAAGUCUCCCGGCCUGACAAGAACCACGACCUCCGCCGCGCGGCCGGCAUGGAGGCAGUCAUCACCACCGGCCGCGUCCCCAUCGAGAGGUUUGUGGCCGAGGCUUCCGUUCGUCACCAUCGCGCCAACCACACCAAAGUCAAGCGCGAGAAGAAGAAGUCUGCUAACGCUGGUAAGAACGACAUGGCCAUCGAGAUUAGCCUGGCGCCAACCGUCGAAGAGGUCAAGUCAACAAUCACGACCAUCGCCAACAACUUCUCAGGCCGAGCCCAGAAGAUGCGCGACACAAGCUCGGGUGUGCAGCAUGACGUGAUGCCGCAACAGGUUGUGCCAACGACACCACCUGCUGCCCCGUACGAGCCCAUGCCCAACGACGUGUGUGGCCCAUGA